CACAAUUUCUCUCAUUUCUCUCAUAUCUCUCAAAGUUUUCAUCUUUCUGUAAAUCUUCGCUACCCUUUUUGCCCUAUCUCCUAGGGUUCUUCUCGUUUCAUGAAUUUGAGUUUUGUUCUGUUAAUCGUCGUCUUCUUCCUCGAGUUUCUUCAAAUCGUGAUCGAAUCAUGUCUGGGAUCUUCAGCUUUAGUGGUGAUGACGAGUUUUUCACAUCGAUGCAUCUAUCGUCGCCGGGAAGCUGUCCCGGCGUAUACCUCCCAGCACGCAAGAGACUACGUGUUUCCGCUGAUGCGCCUUCGUUUUACAGCGGUUUUGAGAAGAAGCAAACUUCAAUCCAAGUGUUGCCUGAUGAGUGUUUGUUUGAGAUUCUCAGACGCUUGCCUUCUUCUGGACAAGAGAGGAUGGCCUGCGCUUGUGUCUCAAAGCAUUGGCUUAAUGUUUUGAGUAGUAUCAGUAAGAAUGAGUCUGUACAAGAUGUGGAGAGUGAAGGUUUUUUGUCAAGGAGUUUGGAAGGGAAGAAAGCUACGGAUCUGAGGUUGGCUGCUAUCUCUGUUGGGACGUCGGGACGUGGCGGGUUGGGGAAGCUUCAGAUCCGUGGGAGUGGGUUUGAGAGUAAAGUUACAGAUGCGGGGCUUGGAGCGAUUGCUAGGGGUUGUUCGUCUUUAAAGGUCCUGUCUUUGUGGAAUCUGCCUGCUGUUAGUGAUGUUGGUGUGUCUGAGAUCGCUAGGUCGUGUCCUAUGCUUGAAAAGCUUGACCUUUCACGGUGUCCGGGGAUAACUGACAAGGGUUUGGUUGCAAUCGCUGAGAACUGCAAGAAUCUAAGUGAUCUGACGAUCGAUUCGUGCUCUGGUGUUGGCAACGAGGGGUUAAGGGCUGUUGCAAGAGGAUGUGUUAAUCUGAGAUCUAUCUCUAUCAGGAGCUGUCCACGUAUUGGAGAUCAGGGAGUUUCUUUCCUCUUGGCUCAAGCUGGUUCUUAUUUGACAAAGGUGAAGCUUCAGAUGGUGAAUGUAACUGGUCUGUCUCUUGCUGUUCUUGGUCACUACGGAGCAGGAGUUACUGAUCUUGUGCUUCAUGGUCUUCAAGGUGUGAAUGAGAAAGGCUUCUGGGUCAUGGGAAAUGCAAAAGGGAUGAAGAAACUGAAGUCCCUAUCGGUAACGUCAUGCAGAGGCAUGACUGAUGUUGGGCUUGAAGCUGUUGGAAAUGGUUGCCCUGAUCUGAAGCAUGUAUCUCUGAACAAAUGCUUACUUGUUUCUGGCAAAGGACUCGUCUCUUUGGCCAAAUCUGCAUCGUCCCUGGAGAGUUUGAAACUUGAGGAAUGCCAUAGAAUCAACCAGUUUGGUUUCUUGGGUUUUCUCAUGAACUGCGGCGCAAAGUUGAAGUCCUUCUCUUUGGCAAACUGUUUAGGAAUCCAGGACUUCAACUCAGAAGCUCCUCUGCCAUCAACCAGCUGCAGCUCCUUGCGUUCACUAUCAAUCCGUUGCUGCCCUGGUUUUGGAGAUGCAACUCUCUCCUUCUUAGGAAAGUUCUGUCACCAGCUUCAGGAUAUUGAACUCUGUGGAUUGAACGGAGUAACAGAUGCAGGUGUGUUCGAGUUGCUUCAAAGCAACAACGUUGGUCUAGUGAAGGUGAAUCUUAGCGGAUGCAUCAAUGUCUCAGACAACACAGUGUCUGCAAUAUCCAUGUGCCAUGGACGCACGUUGGAGUCUCUCAACCUUGAUGGCUGCAAGAACAUCACUGAUGCAAGCCUUGUCGCAGUAUCCAAGAACUGCUACUCAGUCAAUGACCUAGACAUCUCAAACACUAUGGUUUCAGAUCACGGCGUCAAGGCCUUGGCAUCUUCUCCCAACCACCUGAAUCUUCAGGUUCUUUCAGUUGGUGGCUGCUCAGCGAUCACAGACAAAAGCAAGUCAUGCAUACAAAAACUUGGCCGCACACUGUUGGGAUUGAACAUCCAAAGAUGCGGUAGAAUCAGCAGCAGCACUGUGGAUGCCCUUCUGGAACAUCUAUGGAGGUGCGAUAUACUGUACUAAAUCCCCCAAGAAAGUACCACUUUAGUAAGUAUUAGUCAAAGUUCGUCUUCUAGCUUUUGGUCGCUAAACCCAUAGAUUUCACCUUAGAACUCAGUUUCUUUCCUAGGAAGCAGCAGCUGUUUUUUUAUCAAUUUUUAGCAGGUUUCUUCUAAACAAAGGAGCCUGUUUUCUACAGCUGUUGUGUCCCUAUGAACAUGUCAAUGAGUUCUGGUGAUCUAGUUAGGGUUUGGUCUUGACCUUUUUUGGAGUAGUUGUCUCUCUAUGCUUUUAUCAUGUUCUUGUGGGGGAGUUCUUGUUCUCUGGUUUAGGUUUGUGGUAGUGCCUUACAUCUUCCUCGUGUAGAGCUUUUGGCAAUGGCGGUGUAAACUUCUUAGUCGCCAUUACAACUCUUCAGAGUUGUUUUUUUUUUUGUGUUGUCUUCUGCCAAAAGCUCUGUUUUUUUUUUUCCACUUUUGUUUUAAGGCACUAUCUGUACUGUUAAUCAUUGUAUAAGCUUUUCCCUGAACAUACUAUCCUUUGUAAUAUAAAUCCUUGAAUCAUUUUGUAGUUGAUUACAAAAAAAGUUAAAAGUCUCC